AUGUGGCCAGAAGUAAUUCUUGGAUUGUUCGCGGUCUUCUGGGCCUAUCAUUUGUGGUGGAAGCGGAGGAAUCUUCCACCUGGGCCUACUCCAUUGCCCAUUUUUGGUAAGCUUGAAUGUACAAAAUUUUGGUGGAAAUUUCCAAAAAUUAAAAAAUUUUAUUUUAAAGCCAUGGAUAAUGUCGUAUCAAAAUCGGUGCUUGAAAUGCAGGAAAUCAAACAAAAAAGGUUUCAAAAAUCUGCUGUCUUUAUAAAGUAGUCAAAAAUACGACUUAUCAUCGGAUUUUUCAGGAAAUUUCUUCCAAUUCAAGAAGUUCCCGUCGCCCGAAGCCGCUUACGCUGCUUGGCGUAAACAAUACGGCGAUACGUUCACUUUCUGGCAAGGAGAACGUCCGGUCGUCACCCUCUGCAACUACGACCAUAUGGUCGAAUAUUUCCACAAACAAGGCGACAAGUUUGACGAUCGACCACAGGAUGGAGAGUUCUGGAAAUACGUCAAGAAAUACCAUGGUGGGAUCGCGAAUAUUAAUGGGGAUUUGUGGCGAACUCAACGAAGAUUCGCUCUGCAAACGUUGAGGGAGUUCGGAUUGGGAAAGGAUUCGAUGGAGCGGAGAGUGUUGGCCGAAUGUGAUGACUUGCUGAGGAAUUUGGAAGAGGAUGAUGCCAGGGGAAUUAAGGAACAUCCAAUUACUUUUGAGGUCGAUAGAGCCAUUGGAUCCGUGAUAAACUCACUUUUGUUUGGAUACAGAUACAAUAAGGACAAUAUGCACGAGUUUGAGGUGAGUUUCGGGCUAGAUUCUUUGCUGAAUUUACUAGAGAAAUGCAAAAAAGUAUGGGUUUAGACAUUAGAAAAGACAUACACAAAAAAUGAUGACCCUAUGACAAGAUAUAAGAAAUCAAUCUCCUUUCAGGACCUAAAGCACCGUGCACAUGUUUUUAUGCAAAUCCUCGGAUAUCCAGCUGUCGUGUUUGCCAGACUUCAGCCCAAUUUCUACGAAAAUGUCCCAUAUGUCGGGAAAUAUUUGAAAAAAGCCAAAGAAUCCGGCCUCCACCUGGUGGAUUUCUUUGUAACUCGGAUUGAAGAGCACAUGAAGGACCUGGAGAACGAAGAUCUCGAAACUUUUGAGGCCACCGAUCUGGUAGCCGCAUUUUUGAAAGAAAAAGCGAGGGUCGAAAAGCUGAACCAACCACAUUACUUUACACUAGAGCAGCUUAAUGGAUUCUGCUUUGAUAUUUGGAUUGCGGGUCAGGAUACUACCAGUAAUACCAUUGGCUGGGGAUUGGCCUAUUUGAUUGACAAUCCAGAGGUUCAGCGAAAGGUUCAUGAGGAAUUGGAUCGAGUGAUUGGGAGCGAGAGGAUGGUUACUGUAGCUGACAGGCCCAACUUGAAUUACCUUCAGGCGGUUUGUUUUGUACGUUAAAGAAGAUGUGUCUAAUCAAAAAGCUAUUAGAGGUAUUUGAAAUUAAUUUUUAUUACUUUAGGAGACCCAUCGAAUUUCCAAUUUACUCCCCUCCAACCUUAUUCAUGCCACGAGCGAGGAUGUCGUUGUGGAAGGCUAUUCCCUUCCAAAAGCCACAGCUAUCGUCCCUAUGAUUUCUGUCCUACUUUAUGAUGAAGAGGUAAUCAUUUUCCCGCAAAACUAAUCGUAGUAACUUUAGGUAUUCCCGGAGCCGCGCAAGUUUAUUCCCGAGCGUUUCAUCGACUCGGAUGGGAAAGUUCAGAAGAAGAAGGAACUUCUGCCAUUCUCAAUUGGAAGACGAAUCUGUUUGGGAGAGAAUCUGGCCAGGAUGGAGGUCUUCUUGGUGUUGGCCAAUAUUAUGAAUCGAUUCAGACUGUUGCCGACCGAUGAAAAGCUUAAUUUUGCGAGAAACCACUCACUGACUUCCCAUAUUACCGAUUACAAAUGUAGAAUUGAGCCGAGAUUUAGAUAG